AUGUUCUACUACACUACUCGGAAUAUGAACGCGAGCUUAAGCAAUGAGCACUACCUGACCGACAUUCAACUCCUCAGCGGAAUUGUUCAAGUGGCAAAGAGGAGGCCCUCUUUAAUCAAAGCUUCCGGGGUUUCCGUUUGCAUGCUCAGGCAAGAGACAACAGCUAGAAGAAAGUCGCGUGCGUCUUCCUGGGCGAGGUAUCGCGAAGCUCUGGGACAACUUGAUGUUGAAGCAUGGCAAGCUGCAUUGGAUCCAGGGAAAGCAUCAGUCGACAAGAACGUGUACCUGCUGAAAGACAUGUAA